GCGAUCAUCGUUUUAUUGAUAAUAAUAUGAAUCUUCAGGGAACUAUUGUUGUAUUUCUUUUUUCCCAAUCACAAUGGGGACUUCUAUAUAUUGUUGGAUCAACUUCAAUUAUAAGAAAUCCACUUACAAUGCUUGUAGCUGGUGUCAUAUUCAUUCCUGGCUUAGCAAUACUUUUACGCAAGCUUCUACCGUCAGUUUAUGAAGACAAUCUGGGAACACAUAAGAGGAACUGGUUCUUUUAUAUGUGCUGUCUUUUUUCUUGGUCAUAUGUUGCAGACCUUGUGUUAUGUCUGGAAAAUCUUGGAUACAUCGACGGAUACAUGGAUUGGUAUUUGCAAAGUGGGGAACCCUAUCUAAACACUUCAUUUGGAAUUUAUAUCAAUAUGUGGAAUGCAGUUGUUCACUACUUACUAUAUCUUACUAUUAUUUACAAAUACGACAACAAACAGGACUACAGAAGUUAUGGCAUUUACUGUAUGGGUUCGAUAAUUGCAGGAUUGUUUGUUGCCACUACUGGAAUGAUUGUAGGAAGUUAUGGGAAUGAUAUUCAUCCUGCUUUUUUCCUCAACAUUCCUUACAUAAUAUUGCCAUUCUGUGCUCUUGUAUACUUAUUAAGAUUACCUCAACACGAAAAUUCAACUGUACAAGAAUACCCUCUUACUGAAUUGAGAUCAGAAUCGAUGGGAGCAUUCGACAUCUUUGUAAUUGGAGUUUUGAUUGCAUCAAAUAUAGUUGGUUUCAUUCGAGGUCUUGCUGCUCUUGGAUCUCCUUUCCCAAUGAUUGUUUAUUACGUUAAGGAAUAUGAACCUUAUCUGUUAGAUCUGACUAAGUUUGGAGCAUUGCAUUGUCUUUUCAAUUUUGUUUACUGCUUACCAGCUCAGGUGAUGCUGAUUUAUGCAUUAGUUAAAGGAGGAGGAAAAUGGGCAGAGGAUUUGUCAACAGCUUUAUCUGGUGCAAUGGCACAGGGUGUAUUUUGUUAUGUAAUGGCCGCUACUUCAAGUAGGACUCCGCUGGAAUUUCACAUUGGCAGUAAUGUUGAAUUUUUCAUUGUGUUGAAUGCUUUUAUUGUCCUGAUUCCUCAUUUGGCAAUGUAUCGUCUGAAACAGAACAAAAGUGAUCAUUUGAAAUGCCAAUAAAUUGGAUUGAACGCACAUAAUGUUACAAAUCUUCUUUCAAUGGAUCGCAAUUUGUGAUCUACUCAUUAUUUUUUUUUGUAUUGUGUUUUUCAUGAGUAUUGAUUGGGAAAUUUAAUAUUCACCAGGACUGAGGCUGAUUGAUCAUUUGAACGAUAUGAACGAUAAUUUAUGAAUAACAAAUGCAAGGUUUUAUUUAUUGCUAUAUUUGGUAAGCAUAAAGCCACUGUGAAUUUCAAAAUGGCAAUCAAUUGUGCUCAUUUUGUGAUUUUAGGAAUUAUUUUUGUAGUACAAAGCAUAUUUUCUUUCAUAAAUACAUAUUUUAGGCUUGAUCAUUAGAAUGUGGCGCUCACUUAUUCAUGGAUUAGGCCCCACAGGCCAACUGUCCCUUUGGUCUUUGCGCUUAUGUAUAUUGUGUCAGUUGCACAUCAAAAUACACAUUUAUUUUCAUAUUUACUAUGCAAUUAUGGCAUUUUUUAUUGAAUCUAUUUCAAAGAUAUAGUCGAGAUAUUGUCAAUACUGUAUAUUUCACUGUUCUACAUUAAACUUAACAACCGAUUA